AUGACCACAUCGGACGCCAAAAUAUCACAAAUUGAUCCAUUGGAAUCAAAACCAGCCAACAACUUACCGGAUAGUGCAACAAUAAACAACAACGAGAGCCAUGAAGAACGCUUGAAGAGAUACCUAUUAGAUACAGAUCCUCUGAAGGAAUAUAAGAAACAUAACUCACAAGAUGCUGCUACUCGGUUCCAUUAUUUAUUAUCUCUAUCCCCAUUAUUCCGUCACUUUAUUGACGCAAAUGCAACCAAUGACAAAUCACUGCACAAAUUAAUCAGACAAAUCGAUCAAAAACAGGCAACAGGUAAAUCUUCGGAGAAAUCCUCAAGCUCCUCCAAUCGCCGCAAAAGGAAAUCGGAAAAGGAGGAGGAUGCAGAACUAAUCAACAACGAGGAGGAGGAACUAGAAGAUUCAUCGUCGCAUUUCUUAACUGAAUCUCCAAACUAUAUUGAUGGUAAAUUACGUGAUUAUCAAAUCCAAGGUCUUAAUUGGUUAAUAUCAUUAUAUGAGAAUCGACUCUCCGGUAUUCUGGCAGAUGAAAUGGGGUUGGGCAAAACCUUACAGACUAUUUCCUUCUUGGGAUAUUUACGUUAUUAUGAGAAGAUUGACGGUCCAUUCCUUGUUAUCGUACCAAAAUCAACAUUAGAUAAUUGGCGUAGAGAGUUUGGUAAAUGGACUAAGGAUGUGAAUGUGGUUGUUUUGCAAGGUGACAAAGAAUCACGUAGUCAGAUAAUCAACGAAGUCUUACUAAAGGCUAAUUUUGACGUUUGUAUAACAUCAUUUGAAAUGGUCAUUAGAGAAAAGGCUAAACUUUCUAAAUUCAGGUGGCAGUAUAUGGUGAUAGAUGAAGCACAUAGAAUAAAAAAUGAACAGUCGUCUUUAUCACAAAUAAUUAGAUUAUUUUAUUCCAAGAAUAGGUUAUUAAUCACUGGUACUCCUUUACAGAACAAUUUGCAUGAAUUAUGGGCACUUUUGAACUUCUUAUUACCCGAUGUCUUCGGAGAUAAUGAAAUAUUCAAUGAGUGGUUUGAAAAAAAUAAUAAUAGCAUCGAUGGUGAAGAUGGGGAAAGUGAAGAAAAGGCUGAGGAAAAGGACAAAGAAGCUGUUGAGAAAUUGCGUAAGAUCUUAUCACCAUUCUUAUUGCGUCGUGUUAAAUCUGACGUUGAGAAAAGCUUGUUGCCCAAAAAGGAAGUCAAUGUGUAUGUUGGUAUGACGUCGAUGCAAAUCAAAUGGUACAGAAACUUGUUGCAAAAAGAUAUCGAAGCGGUGAAUGGACAAGUGGGUAAAAGAGAGGGUAAGACGAGAUUAUUAAAUAUUGUCAUGCAAUUGAGAAAAUGUUGCAAUCAUCCUUACCUUUUUGAUGGUGCAGAACCUGGACCGCCUUUUACAAAUGAUGAACAUCUUGUUUACAACUCUGGCAAAAUGAUUGUGUUGGAUAAAUUGCUCAAAAAAUUAAGGGAACAAGGUUCAAGAGUUUUGAUUUUUUCACAAAUGAGUAGAUUACUUGACAUUUUAGAAGAUUACUGUUAUCUUAGGGAUUAUGAAUAUUGUAGAAUCGAUGGUUCUACCGAUCAUGAAGAUAGGAUUCAAGCUAUCGACGACUACAACGCACCGGAUAGUAAAAAGUUCAUAUUUUUAUUAACUACUAGAGCUGGUGGAUUGGGUAUCAAUUUAACCACUGCAGAUGUUGUUAUUUUAUUUGAUUCUGAUUGGAAUCCCCAAGCAGAUCUUCAAGCAAUGGAUAGAGCACAUCGGAUUGGGCAGAAGAAACAAGUUAAAGUCUUCAGAUUUGUCACUGAAAAUGCCAUUGAAGAAAAGGUCUUGGAAAGAGCAGCACAGAAGUUAAGGCUAGAUCAGUUGGUCAUUCAACAAGGUCGUAGUAGGUUUUCGGAGGAGAAAAAAGAUAACAAUAGUUCGAACAACAAGGAAGACCUAUUGAAUAUGAUUCAACAUGGUGCUCAAGAAGUUCUUGAUGGAGAUGAAAAUGGUGGUGUGAGUACUGACAUUGAUAUUGAUGCAAUUCUUUUGAAGGGUGAAGAGAAAACAAGAGAAUUAAACCAAAAGUUUGAAAAACUUGGCCUUGAUGAUCUACAAAACUUUAACGGUGAUCAACAGUCAGCGUAUGAAUGGAAUGGUGAAAAUUUUGCCAAAAAGAAAACAAAGGGUCUGGGAAUUUUUCUCAACCCAACUAAACGUGUUCGAAAGGAACAACAGUAUAGUGUGGAUGGUUAUUAUAAGGAUGUUAUGAAUCAAAUGAAGGUUGCACCUGUUGUCAAACCUAGCAUCCCCAAACCUCCUAAACAAUAUCAACUAAUGGAUUUUCAGUUCUAUAAUGCUCAAAGGUUGCAACUAUUGUUCACUAAAGAGCUUUUAGCGUAUAGAAAGAAAAUUCAUUAUCGAAUUGGAGAAGAAGAUCUGGAUCUAGAAAAUAAAAAAUAUGAAAACUUUGACUAUAGUGAGUACUUGAAAAUGGGUAAAAGAGAUCAAAAGAAUGCGAUUAAAGAGUUGAUUAGUCGAGAACAAGAGAAAAUCAACAAGGCUGAACCAUUCACGAUUGAUGAUAUUAAGGAGAAAAAUAAAUUGCUGGACGAAGGUUUUGGCAAUUGGAAUAGAAGAGAAUUUAUGCAGUUUAUUCAUGGAUGCGCAAAGUAUGGGUCUAAGAAUUACUUGGAAAUAAGUAAUGAUGUUAAGGGUAAAGAUGAGAACGAUGUUCGGCUGUAUAGUGAUGUUUUUUGGACCAGAUAUAAAGAAGUUGAUGGGUGGGAGAGAUACUUAAAGGAGAUUGAAUCUGGUGAAAAGAAGCUUGAGCGACUUAAAAUGCAAGGUGAAAUUCUACACAGCAAAAUCAAAGACUCCAAUAUACCUAUUGAAGACUUGACCAUAAUGUAUCCGCCAAACAACUCCAAAAGGAUGUAUUCAUUAUUAGAAGAUAGGUAUUUGUUGAUCAAAGCUGAUGAGUAUGGACUAACAAAUCAGUAUGUCUAUGAUCUAAUCAAAAGGGAUAUCAAUAAAGAAGAAAUGUUUAAGUAUUGCUUUUACUUCAAAUCACGUACAACCAAUGAAAUAAGUAGAAGAAUUGCUACACUAUUACUUGCAGUUUCCAGAGAGGUAGAAGGACCAGAUGCAUUCAAGAGAAAGAGAAGGGCAGGAAAGGAUAUUGCAUUAUCCAAUGGUAACAAGGAAAAUAAUGAUGAAGUUGAAGAUAUAAGCUUGGAGACCAAUGGUCGAGUAAUAGAGAGCUUAGGAUCCGAGUUAGACGAAAGCACUCCAGUUAGCCGACAGGAGAGCGUACUUACUAUGGACGAUGAGGAAGACGACGGUCCCGUGAAUGUAACCAAGAAGCGGAAAUUGGAAGAUAUUUCUGCUUCUGUUGUUGUAUAA